UCUCAGAUCGCUCGAGCCGCUGAACUUUAAACCUGCUCGUGUGCAGCUCUGUAAGUUUACAUGGAGGGGAAAAUGUUACAAAUAAGACGCUGAGGCGGCGUUAAGGAUGACGGCUGUGAGCAAAAAUGUCGCUGAAGACGGAUGAAUUAACGUAUUGUUAACUUUGAAACACUGUGUUCGCCUGGACGCUAACGAGCAGCUAAAGGCUAACAGAGUUAGCUUCGGAAAAGUUUGCAAAUGACGUCAUCCGUCCUGUCUGCCCUGAUCAGGGUGGCGGAAGAGGCGGAGCUUGUGGGAGCCGCCGAGCUUAUUAAAGAGCGUCUGUACUUUGCCACAUUACGCAGCAAACCCAAAAGUACGGCAAACACUCACUACUUCUGCACCGAUGACGAGUUUGUCUACGAAAGUUUCUAUGCAGAUUUUGGGCCGCUGAACUUGGCCAUGCUCUACCGAUACUGCUGCAAACUCAACAAGAAGCUCAAGUCCUUCGCUUUGACCCAGAAGAGGAUCAUUCACUACACCAGCUUCGACCAGAGGAAGAGGUCAAAUGCCGCUGUGCUGAUUGGCAGCUACGCUGUGAUCUACCUGAAGAAAACUCCAGAAGAAGCCUACAGAGCGCUGAUCUCUGGUUCCAAUGCCUCCUAUCUGCCUUUCAGGGACGCCUCUUUUGGGAGUUGCACCUACAGCCUCACCGUGCUGGACUGUCUGCAGGGAAUUGGAAAGGCUCUGCAGCAUGGAUUCUUUGACUUUGAGACAUUUGACGUGGAUGAAUAUGAACACUAUGAGAGAGUGGAAAAUGGAGACCUGAACUGGAUUGUUCCGGGCAAGUUCCUGGCUUUCAGUGGACCUCAUCCCAAAACUAAAAGUGAAAAUGGUUAUCCACUUCAUGCUCCUGAGGCGUACUUCCCGUACUUCAGGAAGAACAAUGUAACCACAAUCAUCCGCCUCAACAAGAAGAUUUACGAUGCCAAACGCUUCUCCGACGGCGGCUUUGUUCACUACGACCUGUUCUUCUUGGACGGCAGCACACCCGGAGACUUCAUCACCCAGCGUUUCCUGCUCAUCUGUGAAAGCACCGAUGGCGCUGUGGCAGUUCACUGCAAAGCGGGUCUGGGACGGACAGGCACUCUGAUUGGCUGUUACCUGAUGAAGCACUACCGAUUCACGGCGGCCGAGGCCAUCGCCUGGAUCCGGAUCUGUCGGCCAGGCUCUGUGAUUGGUCCACAGCAGCACUUCCUGGAAGAGAAGCAGGCGGCGCUGUGGAGCGAUGGCCACCAAUCCCACAAGGCCAAAGUGGAUGAGAAGGCGGUGCCUGAGCUCAUCACCCGGAUGAAUGAUGUCACCAUAAACUCCACCCACAACAGUACCAACUCCACCCACAGCACUGACAUGUGCAAAUCUCCAUGUGCCGACAAGCUGCAAGAGAACGAGCUGACAGGCAGCAGGUUGGUUCUGACCCAAGGAGACAAGCUGCGGGCCUUAAAGGGCCGGCGUGCUGCACGCUUGGCCACCGCUGGACCCCAAAGGUUGGAGGAGAUGAAGAUGCACAGCAGGUCCUCCACACAGCCACUCAGGACCUCAGUGGGUGUCAGUCAAUGCCCUCCUGCCCCCCUCAAGUCCUCCAAAUACCCAGCAUCCUCUGCUUCAGCCGCAGCAAAGAGGAUCGCCCGAAGUUCAGCGUCCAAUUUCAGGAGUACCGCCACAAACCGCCGCCUCACCAGCUCCCUAAGCGACUUGUACUCUGCCGACCCAGAGGGAGACCAGAAGCCAGCUCAUGCCUCACUUCUUUCCUUCUCCACCGAAGACUCCCAACGUAACCUGCCUCAUUAUGGAACCGGACUCCCGCGCGAGGUCAAUAAUAACGGCCCCUACACCAGCUCUGCAGUGCUCCAUACAGGAAAAAGCUCCAUUUUCAACCACAGGGGCAGGCCGGGGCCUCAGGACUUCAGCCUGUACCCGGGCACUGGGCCCUACAAUGCUGUAAAAGGCCCGGCGCCAUCAGGGCGCUACCUGAGCCGCUCCAUCCCUGUAAGUUCAGAUGACCUCCAACACAGCAGCAGCUCCACUCUGCCUGUACUGAACCCUGAACCCUAAACUCUAAACAUAACCCUAAAUCUUAAACCCGUAACCUAACCUAAUUUAAUUUCUUUUCCCAAUGCACUGAAAACACCUGCACACCUCUGUCUAUCUGUAGCACUUCCACCGCAUGCUGCCGUCUGACUGUAGCACUUCCACCGCAUGCUGCCGUCUGACUGUAGCACGUCCACCGCAUGCUGCCGUCUGACUGUAGCACGUCCACCGCAUGCUGCCGUCUGACUGUAGCACGUCCACCGCACGCGCUGUCUGACUGUAGCAGGUCCACCGCAUGCCGCCCUCUGACUGUAGCAGGUCCACCGCAUGCCGCCCUCUGACUGUAGCAGGU